AUGGAUAAUCAUAACCAGGUAUACACUGUCUUACUAACUUUUAUCCACCUAUUUAAUUAAAUUUCAGAGCGGAUCUUCUUCAAGUGGAGCAGACAGUUCAUUCGGCGUGUUGGCCAUGCCUUAUGACGAGUUCGACAUCACGCUCACGGAUAUUAACGAAGCGGAGAUGGAAAAGGUUUUUUGAGGCUUUUUUAUUUUUAUUGUAAAACUUUCAAAAAGUUGUUUUAGAUCGGAAUUGCGGAGGAAGUCAAACACUUGAGCCCAGGGACGUUCUCGGAUCCCGCUUUUCCUGUGCAAGGAGUCUUGCAUGGUCCGAACUCCAGGCUCAUGAUCCCUUUGACCUUCCAACGGUCCCGGAAACCCGAUUCCCCCAUCAUCAACGUGUGGUGUCUCAUUGACACGGGAAGUCCGUUCACGUGUCUGAGCGUUAAGACACUGGAGGCAUUCUUUGGAGCUGGAAACGUCGUCGGCGAGAUGUACUAUCCAUUUGCGAUCCAGGUUUGUUUGUUAUACUAUUGUUAUUUGAAAGUAAUAUUGUAUGAAAUUCAGGACCAGUCGACUCGAAUCGAGUGUCAAGUGAGCAAAGUUGGCACUCAUUUUGAGCAUGCAAAUAUUCUGGGAGUCGAUUCGUUGCGUAUUUUGAACGUUUCCUUUACUAUGAAUUGGCAUGCGAACUCCUUCUCGCUUAUCCAAGUGUGAACACUCUGUUUUGAUGAACAUCCCCUUCAUGAGUUGUUUCCAUAGUUUCUGUUAGUAUUUUAUUCUCAUAAUUAUGUAUGUUAUGUAAUUUACUCAUGUGUUAGUGCCUACUUCUCUUGGAUUUAAUUUAUUUGGAUGUGUGUGUCUCUCAUAAAGAUUCCCCGGAAGUUCUUAAUCUUUAAUAAUUCUACUAAUUCUAAGAGGUCAAGAUUUGUUAAUGCCUUUAGAUUUGUAUCGAAUCUCAGAUUCGUCAUUUAAUAGCAAUAAAAACAAUAAAUACAAGUGAAAAAUUGUAAGUGGGCAAAAUGGUCACUUCUACGUCCAGCCUAAAAAGUGUCGUUUUUCAAAAAUGACUGAUUUUCGAUGAGCUUAGGCACUUUUCUGAUGAAAAUAAGCGUUACAAUAGUCAAAAAGUGCAAAAAACGUCAUUUGGGCAAAAUGACCGUCCAGCGUCAACCAUUUGUAUACUACUAAUCUGAAGUUCUGAAGGUUUCAGAAGACGUUGGACUCCUCACGGAGUGUCGGCCAUGCAGUAGGUGGCGCUAGGUCCUUGGGCGUUGCAGAAGGUUUGGCAGGCACCCAGGGUCUGGGCGCGGAUGGCGACGGCGGCGAAGACGAGGACCAAGGCGAGGGAGCGGAACAUCCUGAAACAUGCAGUUGGACUGGAGAUGAUCAGGAAGAUCCUAGGAAGAGGAAUCGGAAAGUUGAUGCUCAGGUCUCCAUUGGAACGCUAUUUAAAGACUCCUCUUCCGCGUGACCUUUUUUUGACAUAGAAUAGAAAACAUUCAACAAUCCAUGGAAACUUUUCAAACGAACAAAUUAGCUGGAUUAAACUUCCGGUACAAAGUUCAUAUGGGAAUGAGAUUGGAUUGCGAGCCUUUCAAUCUAUUGUCAGGUUGAAAAGGAUACAACAAUGGACCAAUUUUUCCAUUUUUUUCGCUCCACUGUUCAGGAGCCUUUAAAUAGCGGGUCCGAAGAGAACUGAACAUUCUCUUCUCACUGAUCAUCUCCAGCCUAUCUCCAUGUUUCAGGAUGCUCCGUUCCCUCGUCUUGGUCCUCGUUCUCGCCGUUGUUGCUAUUCGCGCUCAAAAUCCUUUGGGAUGCCCAGUUUUCUGCAACUCCCAGGGACAAGACGCCACUUACUGCAUGGCUGACCGACCGUAGGAGUAUCGGCGUUUUCUGAAAAUUACAGAAGUUUAGAUUUAACACGGUGAAGAACAAGUCUUGCUUCAACCUCUGCGUCCACAACUGCCAACUAGACGUCUCCAAGGCCCUUAACCCCAGCUACGCGUAAGUUAUUCUCCCAGAUCAAGCUCAAGAAGUUCGACUCCAGAUGCGCCAUCAAGAAGACGCCCAUCGGAGGCAACAACGACCUGAAGAAGAGCGGCUGCGACAAACUCUUCUACCCCGCCUGGUACUUCACUACUCCAGCCCCCGGAAAGUAG